CGUUGCAGCGGAAGCGGCGGCGGCGGAGCGGGCGGUGAGGUACAGCGGGGCUCCGGGAGUCAAAUAAUCCGGUUUAAACUCUAAAACACCGCGAGUUAAACCAGAUUACCGGCAGGACCGCGGCGCGGGCGGCGGAGCAGCUGAGCCGGGCUGAGCCGGGCUGUGUCGCGUUUGAAGACCUGAGUGUGGAUCAGCUUUGAAGACCUGAGUGUGGAUCAGCUUUGAAGACCUGAGUGUGGAUCAGCUUUGAAGACCUGAGUGUGGAUCAGCUUUGAGUUCAGCGAGUCAUGGCUGGCUUCAGGCAGGAGGAUGUGGAGAAGUUCUAUGAGAUGGGCGAGGAGCUGGGCAGUGGGCAGUUUGCGAUCGUGCGUAAGUGCCGUGAGAAGAGCACCGGUGUGGAAUACGCUGCCAAGUUCAUAAAGAAGCGCCGCCUGUCGUCCAGCCGGCGCGGCGUGAGCCGCGAGGAGAUCGAGCGCGAGGUGAACAUCCUGAAAGAAAUCCAGCACAGCAACAUCAUCACCCUGCACGACAUCUUCGAGAACAAGACCGACGUUAUCCUCAUCCUGGAGCUGGUGUCGGGAGGAGAGCUCUUUGACUUCCUGGCUGAGAAAGAGUCCCUGACCGAGGAGGAGGCCACGCAGUUCCUCAAGCAGAUCCUGGACGGAGUUCACUACCUGCACUCCAAACACAUCGCUCACUUCGACCUCAAGCCGGAGAACAUCAUGCUGCUGGACAAGAACGUUCCCAACCCCAGGAUCAAGCUGAUAGACUUCGGCAUCGCCCACCAGAUUAAGGCUGGAAACGAGUUUAAAAACAUCUUCGGGACUCCGGAGUUUGUUGCGCCAGAGAUUGUGAAUUAUGAGCCUCUGGGUCUGGAAGCCGACAUGUGGAGCAUUGGAGUUAUUACAUAUAUCCUGCUGAGCGGAGCGUCUCCGUUCCUCGGAGAGACUAAACAGGAAACCCUGACCAACAUCUCCGCCGUGAACUACGACUUCGACGAGGAAUACUUCAGCAACACGAGCGAACUGGCCAAGGACUUCAUCCGCCGGCUGCUGGUCAAAGACCCAAAGAAGAGAAUGACUAUAGAAGACAGUCUGGAGCAUCCAUGGAUCAAGGUAAUAAAGCGGCGUAACGUGCGUCAGGAGGACAGUGGGCGUCGGCCUGAGCGCCGGAGGCUGAAGACCACCCGGCUGAAGGAGUACACCAUAAAAUCCCACUCCAGCAUGCCCCCCAACAACACAUAUGUCAACUUCGAGCGCUUCUCCCACGUGCUGGAGGAGAUCGGCGCGGCCGAGGAGGGUCUGCGGAGGCUACAGCAGAGCCAGCGCUCCUGCAGGGACGACGUGGCCGCCCUGCGCUCCAUCUAUGAGGAGAAGGAGGGGUGGUACCGUGAGGAGAGCGAGAGCGUGGCGGCCGAGCUGGGCCGGGUCCGGUCCGAGCUGCAGCGUGCUCAGGCCCAGCGCAGACAGAGCCAGGAGGAGGCCCGGGCCGCUACGCUGGCCGCCAACGCGCUAAAGCGGCGGUUCGGCCGGCUGGAGAGCCGCUACGAGUCGCUGGCCCAGCAAGUGGCGGCGGAGGUGCGCUGGGUGGAGGAGCUGCUGAGGUCCAGCUCAACCGAGGCCGAGGAACGCAUCACCGGCCUGGCCUGAAACCACAGAAUAUGGGAUCGUCAGGGUGCAUGAGGUCCAGAUACCUAGCAGAACUACAGCAUGUGUCACCAUCAGGCUAACCAUUAGCCAGUAACAUCUCAUACAUGUGAGGAGGCAGAAACCAGUAACGUCUGCUGAGGGAACAGUCUGGCAAAAACAGUUGAAUUUACAGUUUGUUCUCUUAUCCCAAAUUCAGCGGACACGUUCCGUGUCUGAAGUGCUUCUUCAGCUUCAGCUCUGGAGCCACGAGGAUAAUGUAGCAAGUCAUGGAAGCUUAUAGCCUGCUAAUUAAUCAAUUAAACCACCUCAUGGCGUGAGGAGGUGUUCAGUGUCUCUAGUACACUUGAUUAAGUGGUUUCUGACUCUGUAUGACUGACUGUUAACUGCAAAAAUGGACUAAAAUACAGACAAAGUCAAAGCUUCAAGAGGGCUGGCACCUCCUGGAGCUCUGCUAACGUUUGUUUUUAUCUACAGUUAGAGCCCCUGCCUCCCUCCACCAUGAAUGGAGCUGAAACUCCCAUAAAACAGCGUCUCAGUCAUCAGGCAGUGAAUUCAGAACCAGCUCAUGUAGGAACUUUCUGUAGGAGCUUUUAGAGGGACGUCUGGUUCCCAUCACCACCACUGUGAGCAGCUCUGACUCUAUAAUGAAGCGUUUCACACCAAACCGCUCUGAAUGGCUCUGUUUACAUCUUAACCACUUAAAUAUGUAAACAUAUGGCUGGAGUUAGGUGAUCUAGGCAUGUUGCUAAUUUGUGGGCCAUAAGCCUCCAUCAACUUGUGAGCUGCAUUAGCCUCGUAGCUCCGGUGCUAAAACUAACGAGGCAAGCUUCUGACACCAAACGUGGCUGAUCGUCUGCAUUCAGGGUUCCAUAAAAUUUGGGACGAAUUUGCUUUUUUUGCCAGAAUAUUCCUUUAAGAUGUUGACGGAAAUGAAUGUGUUGCCUUCACGUUGCUACGUCUGUAAAACCGAAAGGUGCUUGUAUGUGCAGCCAACUGAAAAAAUAGAGCUGGUUUCAGCUCAACUCUUAUAUCAUAUAUAUGUAAACGUGCCAGGCGGUCAGUAUCGGCUUUAUCAUCAGUGCUGUGCCCAUUGAUUCUCUCUCUCUCUCUCUCUCUCUCUCUCUCUCUCUAUAUAUAUAUAUAUAUAUAUAUAAUGGCACACAGAGUUAAACCUGCUAACUGUAGACUAUUUAUGUUGGCCUGUAACGUUUGAGGUGGAGGAUCAAAUCCUCCAUGGAUCUUAAUCUCAGGAUUCGGUGUCUUUAUCAUCUUCUGUUGCGCUUCCCUUUCGAAGCGAAGCGCGGUUUUGCCUAUGCAAUAUAGUCAGUACUAUAAUGCGCUGGAGACGGCGCUGCAAUAUAGCUUUCAUUUAACCGCGUGAUACUGCAGACUGCGCUAUAGAUACCCAUCACACACUAAUGCUGCAAAAUACUGCUCCGGUUAGCUGCUGUCGUACGAAUAUAGCGUCUUUAUUCAUCUCACACACUUCAGUACAUUCCAUUCUUUGCGUGCGUUCCAUGCGUAGAAUAGUGCCAAUGUUUUGUACAUGCAGCAGCUCUAUGGAAGUCCAUUUCUUCUGUAUCCAUGGCCGUUUUAGGGUGAUUUUGUCAUCUUCAUACUAUUUAUGUUCUUUUCUGUUUUAUCUAUGCUGGAAUGAAUGUAUAUUCAAAUAAACUGGGAGAACUGAGGUGUCAUUUU